AUGCCACCCGCCAAAAGACGCAAAUUGAGCCCAACUCUCGAUGAACCUCCCUCGAAGUCGGAUUCUCGGAAUGUCUCUACAGAGGAGCGUGAUGUGACAGAGACUCAUAACGAUACCACGGCCGGAAAGGAAAUCAACGAAGCAGCAUCGUCCGAACAGGACGCCAUAACUGCAGACUACAGCAAGAAUGCUACGACCAGUACCACCCCAUCAACAGCGGCGGCAGACAGACUUGCGCGAUUUGCGGCGCUGAAGUCACGGGCCAGCGCGUCUGCCAAGUCGAACCUCGCCGAAGCGAAAGCAGAAGCAAAGCGUGCGGCGAUGGACCCUGGCUUGCUGGCGAGCCUCAACAGGAAAGCAGCAAUCGCAUCCCACAACAUCCUCAAGGCAGACACCGAGGAAGAAGAAGGCGAUGGUGCCUUUGAACGUAGACGAGCUUGGGACUACACCAUUGAAGAGAGCGAAAGAUGGGACGAGCGAGUGCAACAGAAGAAAGCCAACCGAGACAACACUGCCUUCAAGGAUUACAGCCAGGAAGCCAGCAAAAUGUACGAUCGGCAGAUCCGCGAGUUGGAGAAGGCAGCGCGCAAAGACGGCGGCAAGAAUCGCGAGGAGUAUGAACGGCAGAAAGCCGAAAUAUUGGAGAAUGCCGCGAGAACGGGCGGCCUUGAGAUCGUGGAGAUGGAGAACGGGGAAUUGGUCGCCAUUGAUAAAGAUGGCCGGUUCUACGCCAACGACGACAGCACGGGGUUCGUGGAACAGAAGCCGAAACGUGAGAAUGUCGAUCGCCUGGUCGCCGACUUGAAGAAAGCAGAGGAAACCAGGUUCAAGAAUCGCCGCGAUCGUGGUAGGGACACCGAUGAAGGCGAUGUCACGUAUAUCAACGACAAGAACAAGCAGUUCAACCUCAAGUUGGCCCGCUUUUAUGACCGGUAUACGGUUGAUAUACGGGAGAGCUUUGAGAGAGGGACGGCCAUCUGA